GGAACGCGUUGCCCAGAGCCGUGUCUAGUGGUCGCCGACGGUAGUGAAAAUUAACGCGUACUUAUGGCCGAAAUUCGCAGCUUCUGCUUCACCGGUUGAAUAAUUGAAACUAAAACCGAAACUGACGAGUGAAAGAAGAAUAAAUCGGUGAGAGGGAAACUGCAGCUGUUGGUAAAAAUCGUGGAAAUUGAAUGACCGUGUGAUAUAGAAGAAAAUUAUUGGGUACGGCCCUGGAAGCCUGCAGGGAGCUCUCGCCCGGUAUAAAACGGAUAUAUUCUCUCUCAUGAGUGCAUUUUGCGAAAUGGUAUUAACCAUGAAAGUGAUCAAAGCGUUGGUUUUCGUGUUAAUCGGUGUUCAACGAGCAGCCAGCUCCGGGCCAUUCGUCCAGGAAGCGCUUGCCAAAGUCUUCGGGCAUUGGACUCCAUACUCAAACGUCAGAACGAUUCAGUUGUUGAAUCAGCUGUGCAACGAGUCGCAGAAGGACGAUGAGGUCAGAACCGAUGCCUGCUACGGGUGCUUCUUCAGGUCCAGCAAUCAGCCCCCCGGAUAUCCGAUGCUUCUGACGAUGGCUUCCUGCGCGGACACGUAUCUCGACAACACGGAUUACGGACACUGCCAAAGCUACUUGAGGAACGCAACGAAUUCAAUAUCCACCCGCACAAGUCCGGGCGUCAUUUACUGUUCGUUUCUGGAGUGCAUCCGUCAAGUGAACAAGAACAUGCUGGAAGCGAACGAGGUUGCGCCACCGAUCGAUCAGAGACGAUUGCAGGCUCGAGGGACGUCGAGCGUAUUGACAGCGAGUAACAACAAUGAACACCACUCCCACUAUUUUGCAAGCUUCCACUUUAGCCGACGAAACCUGCAGCGGAGGAAGUCGAUCUGCGUCAUUGUCGACGGACGCAAAAGUGAUGGGAACACCAUCGCGCAGUGCGUCAACGAGGCUAAGGCCAUGUUCUCAAACUUCAAAUGUGCCGACUUUCAGCUAACCCAGCUUUUCGUCAACGCUACCGUCUGCGUAUUGGCGAAGACACGGUGCAGCUACUUGAACCCCAUCACCGGCAUCACACAAGAGAAUGAGUUAGCGAAUAAACUGAACAUCGUAUCCAUCAACGCUCUUCAGGUCAACACCGAUUACGACUUGAACAUCAUUCGGGUGCCUUUUGUGAACCCGGCCCAGGGUGACGAGUGUGGGAAGUUUCGCAACGUUGACCAAGCUUCCUGGCCCUCGGCCGAAUGCUAGCCACCCAUUUUCUCAAGCGACGCGACGACGAUCUGGAGCGAAAAGAAAACGGAUCUAAUCUUCGAGGCGAUCGAACAGACGUACCGGAAGAGCGGAUAACUGUACAGGCAGCGACUCGAGCUAUCUCACCAUGUUUUCGCUCAUAUUAUUUUUUUCCAUCGACCAACAGCGCCUUUUCAAUCUAAUCGAAAACAUGUUUUCGUUGCGUAGAUUCUUUUUC